CUAAAUUAGAAUAGAGUAGUUUCCCUUGCGUUUUGAAUUCAAUAUUCAUCUACAAUUGUUUUCAUAUUCGGAGAUCUAUCUUUUCAGAAGUCAAAAACAUCAUGUCCCUGUACCCAAACGUUCCCGCUCAGGCACCUCCUGCCCAAGAAUGUGCCAGCCAGGUGGAGAUCCGUAUCCAUUGUAAGGACCUAAUGAACAAGGAUGUCACAUCAAAAUCUGACCCAUGUGCUGCAUUGUAUCUCUUCGAAGGCGCAAAAUGGAGUGAGAUAGGAAGAACUGAGAAAAUCAACAACAACCUGAAUCCACAGUUCUCUACAGCUAUUGGCAUGAAAUACUACUUUGAAACGGCUCAAAAAAUCAAGAUUUGUGUCUAUGAUGUUGAUAAUGCAACAUCAACACUCGAUGAUGAUGACUUUCUUGGCAGUUUUGAGUGUACACUUGGUCAGCUUGUCUCGGGUGGACCUUUGACCAAAAAAUUAGUCAACCAGAAAGGAAAACCAUAUGAAAAGAGUUUUAUUACUGUGUCUGCUGAAGAAGUCACGGAGAAAACAGAAUUGGUUCAGUUGAGUUUUAAAGCCAAGAAACUUGAUGAUAAAGACUUUUUUGGAAAAUCCGACCCAUUCUUGGAAUUUUCAAGACAAAACAGUGAUGGAUCCUGGCAGGUGGUUCACCGAACUGAAGUGGUGAAGAAUAACUUGAAUCCAACAUGGAAAAAAUUUGAACUUACAUCUCACGCAUUGUGUAAGGGAAACAAGCAGGCUCCAAUUCGGAUCAACUGCUAUGACUGGGAUAGUGAUGGAUCCCAUGAUAUGAUUGGUUGUUGUGAGAUGACUUUGACAGAAAUGAUGAAAGCAAAUUCAAGUAAUGAAGUUGUCAAGUUAUGUAUUCACCCCAAAAAUGCUGCAAAAAAGAAAAGUUCUGGAAGUAUUAUUUUAUACGCCUGUAAAGUGUCAAUAUUACCAUCUUUUUUGAACUACAUUAUGGCAGGAACAAACAUCAAUUUUACGGUUGGUGUAGAUUUCACUGGAUCAAAUGGUGAUCCAAAUGAUGUGAAUUCUCUGCACUAUAUACAUCCAGAAAGACCAAAUGAUUACAUGCAAGCUAUACUAUCAGUGGGACAAGUCUGUGAAGAUUAUGACACAGAUAAAUUCUUUCCAGCUCUUGGAUUUGGAGCCAAGCUUCCACCAACUUUUGAAGUAUUCCAUGAGUUUGCAAUCAACUUUAACCCUCAGAACCCAUUCUGUGAAGGGAUUCAUGGUGUUCUAACUGCUUACCAGAACUGCAUUCGCCAGAUACAGCUGUGGGGGCCAACAAAUGUAGCCCCUAUUAUUCGACAUGUGGCUAAAUUUGCUUUUGCAGCACAGAAUGAAGAGGCUACAAAAGGAGCAGCAGCCUAUUUCAUCUUGUUAUUGCUAACAGAUGGUGUCAUUACUGACAUGAACGAUACUGUGGAAGCAAUUAUUGAGGCAUCAAGCUUACCCAUGUCUCUCAUCAUUGUUGGAAUCGGUAAUGCUGACUUCACAAACAUGAAUUUCCUGGAUGGUGAUGAAGGUGUCCUGAAGUCCAAGUCAGGAAAAAAAGCACACCGGGAUAUUGUGCAGUUUGUACCCUUCCGUUCAUUUGUCAGGGUAAAUAUUGAUGAAAACUAUAGCUCAAGUGCUGAACUUGCACGCAAUGUUUUAGCUGAGGUACCAGGCCAGGUUGUGUCCUAUUUUCGAUCAAGAAAUUUGAUGCCAAUAGAAAAACAGACAUAGGACUUUUUUGUCUGUCUGUCUGUCUAUCUGUCUCUCUCAUUCUCUCUCUCUCUCUCAAUAUGUAUUAAGGUUUUAUUUUAGUUUCAUUAUCGACUUCACACUUCAAUGAAAUAUUCCACUCUAAGAUGAUUAUAAAUAUUUCAUCAUGUUACUUAAUUAAUCUGCUGAUCAAAUUCUUCACAUAACACCAAAUAUUGUCAAAGACAACCUAUUACUGCACAAAAUCUUUCCCAAAUAAACAAUGAUUUCUAACAUAAGCAGAAGGUCACAAAUUUGGGGUAAAGGAGUUAAACUUUCGACCCCAUGUACUUCA